AUGAGAUGUGUGUCGUGGGAUGUGGGUCGGAAGUCAAGCUGUUUGGACGAAGUCGGACGAGGAUGUUUUGUGAAAUCGGAGCAAGAAGAUCUGGAGGAGACAAGCGAGUGCAAGCGAGAUCGAGGGCAGCCAAGCCAGAUGACGAUGCACAGCGUGCCUUCCCCUCUCUCAAAUUCCACUUUCAGACAGCCUGAGGAGAUCUUGCGGCAGAGAGCAGCCAAGGCCAGCGUGGGGAGCUGA